AUGGGUUUGUGUAAUUCAUAAAAAGCGAGGCUUGACACUAAUGAUAUACCUAUCAAUUAGAAACAGAAGUCUGAAGAACCACACUCGAAUGGCAAACUAUUACUCGAGCAAUACCAUAAACUAAAUAUUUUGUUAGAUCUUCUGGGCAAUCUAGAUCUCUUGGAAAAAUAAACCCAGGAUCAUAUCAAUCUACUCUAUAUGAUUCGCACAAAUAUUAAAAUACUCAUCUAGUAUAACUUGAAGAAAAUAAUGAAAGAAAAAAACAUAUACAGAAUUUCUACCAUUGAGGAUGAAGAAUGGUUAUAUACUGAUUCAUAAUUCCUCAAUAGAAUUAUACCCUAAUUCUAACAACUUAUUACUGUAUUAGAGACCUUAUUUCUAAAUGACGACUUCUAAAACGCUUUUCCUAUUCUUAUUCAUAGUUUCUAUUAAAUUAAUGAAUCCCUCAAAAAAAUCCCAAUCUAAUAUACCCUUACUUAAACUAGAAAUACGACCCUUUGA